AUGACGUGGUUUCCGAAAACCGACGAGUUUGGCUACACAGUGGCACUUCGUGAAGACCUUAUGCAGCUGAUAACAGCCACUCACAAAGAGAAGCAUCCUGAAAUUUGUCAUGAGCCUACUUUGUGGCGAAAGGCCAUUGCGUGGGAUGAGGUUGUCCCAACUGAUGUAGAAGUAGUCUGGGAAAGGUGGAUAAAGGUUUUCAAGAACAUCGGGCAAGUUAGAAUACCCCGUUGCUAUUUUCCGGACUAUGAUGUGGAGAGUUAUCGUUCUAUUCAGCUGCACGUAUUUGUGGACGGCAGUGAAAAUGCUUAUUCCGCAGUUGCUUAUUUUCGGAUCAUCGAUCGCGACCAGGUUCGGUGCUCGCUCAUAACCUCGAAGGCCAAGGUAGCCCCACUGAAGCCACUGUCUAUUCCCCGCAUCGAACUGCAAGCCGCAGUUAUUGGAAGUCGGUUAAUUCAAACAGUUGAAAGUCUACACACCAUCCCAAUAGCGAAGAAGUUUUUAUGGACGGAUUCCUGCACGGUCCUCUCCUGGAUACAAUCCGACGCUAGGAAGUUUCGUCAGUUUGUGGCAUUCCGGAUUGGAGAAAUACUCGAACACACCAGGCCAGAUCAGUGUCGCUGGAUACCAACAAAACAGAAUGUUGCUGAUGAGGCGACGAAAUGGUUGAAUGGUCCUUCUUUGGAUUGCAAAAGCCGAUGGUUUAAGGGUCCAGAUUUUUUAUAUUUACCAGAAGAGCAGUGGCCGAAACAAUCCAAACACGUUGAAACGGUGGAAGAAAUUCGUCCAAUGCACCUCCAUAAAGAAAUUGUUUUUGAAUCGACGAUCGCCUUCGAAAACUUCUCCAAGUGGGAAAGAUUACUGAGAACUAUGUCGUACAUGUUCCAUUGGAGAAACAUCGUGCGUCACCGGAACAAAACCGCCGAGGGAUUAACCCAAGAAGACUGUCAGUGCGCAGAAAGAACGAUCUAG